CACAUCUCGUCCAGAUCUCUGCACCUGCAAAGGAGCUGAUCAUGAGAAUAGACAUGCCGAGCAACCGGAGCGAGGCCUACGAGCUGGCCCUCCCCUUCCGGCCCUUCCUCGGCGGCGACGCCUUUACCGUCUACAGAAUGAACUACCGCAACUUCGUAAGCCUUCACGUCACUUGAGAGAAGAAGGAAACGGCCCGCACCUCUUGCAGUCAACCGCCUCAGGUCCGCCUGCGUGUGUGUGGUGUGUGUUUGCUCAUGAAACGCAGCGUCGGGGCUACGCCAAGGGCGCGGCAGGCGAGACUGCCGAUGUGGCCCGUCAGUCGAGCUACAUCAAUCUGCAGCACCAGUCGGCCGGCCGGGACCUGCCCGACAAGAUCAUUCACGUCGACUCGGGCGAGAGCCCCGGGGGUGCCAGCCCAGGCGGCCAGUCCUACCUCAUGGAGGACACCGAGAUGCUCAAGAUAUCGUCCUUCAUAUCGGUAAGCAGCCGAUGGAAUAGGAUGGGCUGAUGGAUGGCUGGGAUGCAUGGCUGGUGCCUGCCGUGUGUACGACGUAAGUGAGUGUGGCUGCCGUGCAUUGCAUUCAUUUGUCUGUCUGUCAGGACUUGGACCGGUUUCGCUCGGACUAUCGGAACUUCCGCAGGGGACAGUCCAAGGGCGCACAGAGGGAGCUCUCCGAUGGUACACACACACGUGUUGAUUGACCACAUGCACACACACGGAUCUGAGUGUGUGUGUGUGUGUGUCAGUGACCAAGAACAUCACCAGCCAGCACUUGGCGCUGCUGCCGGUCUCCCAGCUGCGGCAGCUCAUCCUGGCGGGGUCUGAGAGCCUCAAGGGCGCCAGCAACUACGAGAAGGACAAGUCGCUCAUCGUCACCGACGGGGGCUUCCGCGACCGACUGCAGGGCCGCGGAUUCAGACCCACCAAAUUCCACGUCCAUGUGGGUGGGCCGGCAGAGCAGAAAACACCACGCUGCGCUGCACACGGCACAUCUGUCCGUGUUUGUGUGUGUGUGGGUGUUUGCUCUCUCUCUCUCUUUUCUGAUUGUCGUCAGUUCGGUGCUGGCAAGUUGGGCCUCGGUUUGGUGGUGCCGUCGAUGGUGGCGAGCAACAAGUCAUUCGCCAUCAUCAACGAGCGGCUCACCAGCUGGUACCUACCCGAGAGGGAGACGAGAAGCAGACGACAAGAACGGACCAGAUCAUGUGUUAGGAGGGUUGGGUCGGGUGUGUGGGUGCGUGGGUGCGGUACAGGCAGAGGAUCAUCGAGGGCUCCGCAUCGACUGUUAACAUCAAAGUCAACGGCACUCACGUCACAUCCAUGACCGUGUAAGCAACCAACCAACACACAACACACACAUGGACCAUCCCAUCCUCCCUCCCUGCCCACUUCUCUCUCCUCUCCAGCCUCCGUUCUGGCGACCCCCUGCCCCCCCUCCCUCCCCCCGACGCGCCGCCUCUCCGGCUCUUCGUGGUGUCCGACGAGGACGCCAAGAUCGCCCAGCUCAUCUGCAUGGCCACAUCGUACUCCACCGCACUCGGACCGGCCAUCGGGCAGAUCGGCACCAAGAUCGACGAGGCCUACAGCGGACAAACACGAGAGGCCGACAGUGGAGGGUUGAAGCCGACGCUGUUUGCGUGCGAGAAUGACCACAAAGCGGGUGGGUGAGGUGGGUGGGGAGCUGAUUGAUGUGUGUAUGUGUGUGUGUGUGUGUGGUGUUUAGUUGAUGCGUUGACCGAGCAGCUGCGCGAUCAUGUGGAUGUGGUGCACUGCAUGGUCGACCGCAUCUGCACCGGCAGGGACGUCACGGCAGAAGAGGUAAAGGACACACACAAACACACACACACACACACACAGCACACACAACACAAAAGCCGCCUUAAUUACCCUCCCAUCCUCCGUGUGUGAAUGGAAUGUGUGUCUGUGUGUGUCAGAUAUCUGUGACGACAGAGCCCGACGACGGCGCCAUAGUGGUCAUGACGCCCUCCACCCCGCCCGCAUACGCACCCGCAUUCGGCGGGUCAUGCUUCUCGCUCCCACUCGUGGAGGCUGAGGCCCAAUACUUCGCAAAUCGGAAGAUCACCAUCGUCAACGGUAUGUAUCCGUCUGUGUUGCCCUGUGUAAUAAUAUAAUGGUCGGCGAACAAACACUGUGCGCCUGUCUCUGUGUGUGUGUGUGUGUGUGUGUGAAGGCAUGCACACGACGUUGGCCUUUAUGACUCUGUGCCACGCCCAGCAGGAUGGCGAUGACGACCCAAGUGAGCCAGAGGCACACCCACACCACACACACACACACAGGCACACACACAGACACACACGCGCGCGCGAUGAUGUGUGUGUGUUGUGUGUGUUGGUAUGUGCAGGGAGUCACGAUUUGUUGACGAGCGCGACGCUGCCCGAGGAGAAGCAGCGAGAGGUGUACGCCUGGGCGGUGGCCAGAGUGCUCAUGAUUCUCAACCAACACGAUAAACACGUCAUCAAGGUCUGUCUGGUCUGUGUGCCAACACACCAGAUCGAUCAACCCAGCCAUAGCAUAGAUGUUAUGUUCAGCAUGCGCACGGCGUGUUGGAGGACGAGAAAGUGGCGCAGAUCCUCAUCGACUACGCCACACGCACACUGCAAAGGUAGGUACCCACCGCACUCAGUCAUCGGUGUGCCGAGUACAGCCAGCCAAGGGUGUGGUGUGGUGUGGUGUGUGUGCUGUGUCGUGUGUGAUGUGAUGUGAUAUAUGUGCUGUCGACAGGUUCACGACCAUCCCCGACACCACCGGGCGCAUCCUCAGCGGCGGAGUCACCAACCGGUCAGUCAGUCAGGAUGCCAGGACUGACGUCAGCCAGGCCAGGCUGGCUGCCCAACACACCCACAAUGAGCUGAGCACUCACAUGGGUCGUUGGUGUGGUGGGUGUGUUUGGUGUGGGGGGUGCAGUUGGCAGACUCGUUUGAAGCCGGUGGAUCUCUUCCUGAUGACCUAUGACGUGGACGAAAUCCCACUGGGCAAAACUGUCCUGCGGUGUGUACAUCACACAAUCACACACACAGGCACACACACACACAGUCAGAUGGGUGACGUGUUGCCGUGUGCUGUGGUGGUGUGGGCGCGGCGCCUGUGCAGUUUGUCUGGCCUCAAGGAGACAUUUCUGCUCAAGGCCGUCCGACGGCUCGUGGAAAACACAUACAGGUGAGUUGUCGCGCGCACACACACACACAAACACACACACACACACACAGAGAGAGAGAGAGAGGGGGAGGAAAACGCGACGGAUGCGUGUGUGUGUGCUGCAGGUUUACGGGUUUGUCGGUGGUGCAUCGGCAAGCCGAGGGCUCGACGGUGCACAAGAGUGUCCUCAACAACAUUCCCGCCAAGGACGCCAACACCGCCAAAGGCGCGUGACAGACACGACCCAGCUACGUACCUGCACACAGACAGACACAGAGAGAGGGGAGAGCUAAGCCUACGUUCGUACGUGUGCGUACAACGCAAUCAAUGCCGGCCUGCAACGAACGCAUCGAGCUACCGUAUGCAGUUGGCUCGCUUCAUUGUACGUAUCCAGACAAACAUACCCUACAUAUGCAGAGAGAGGUGAGGUGUGAGGUGUGAGAGGGUGAGGGUCCUUCCACCCCAUGCCAUGCACUUUCUAGAGAGAAGAGAGCUCACAUACACACAUAUGCACGCACGUGGCGCCAUGCCCGUGAGAAUCCUCUCUCUGUUCGUGUCUGUCUGUCUGUCUGUAUGUCGUUACGCUCUCUUUCUAGACAUAUCUGAAUGCGUGAGCGUCCUGCCUGACGCAUGCAUGAUUUAAAGUUUUUCCGUGUGUGGGUCGGUCUAUGUGUCUAUUGUAUGUAUGUAUGUUUGUAUGUAUGAUGGAAUCAUAUAAUGCUUUCUGGGAUGGAAUAUAUGGGAUUUGUUGAGGUGAAUAUGAUGAUGCGAUGCUGCAUGUGUGUGUAGAUAGCAUAGCCCAGUCCGGUCCGGUUGGCUCUCAAUGGUGUGUGUGUCUUGGUCAUCCUGCUUGCUCUCUGUGUGUGUGUAGAUAGCCUAGCCCGGUCCGGUUGGCUCCCAAUCAGUGAAGGAUGUGUUUGUUUGUUUGUACGUGUGUUGCGUUGGUCCUGCCUUACCCUACCCUACUACUCGAUCCGUUUGCUGCAUCUCCCUCAGCAAUAUGCCGUCGAAGAGAUCGGUCCAGCGGUGCGAUGUCAGUUCAUCGCUCCGUUGCACCAUACUCGUCGGCGGCACAUUGGUGGCGGAACAGGCAAGUGGGCGAGAGAAUACACACACCUGUACAAGGCCGAAAUGAACAGAGAGAGGAUGGGUGCUGGGUGUGCCGGCCGGCCCGGCUGGUGAUUUCUCAAUAUAUUUGACUUUCUGGUGUCUGGUGUGGGCAAUGCAAUGUGUUGUGUGGACGGGACGGACAGACCAGACGUUCGUUACAUUUAAUGACAGUCAGCAC